AUGCCCCUCCGAGUCAAUAUUCCCCCGGCCACCCGCGCCGUCCUCAUCAGCCUGUUGGCCCUCUCCCUCCUCUACAACAUCGCCAGAUGGCGCCAACUUGACACCUCCGCUGGCAGCGUCCAAACCAGCCCCAUCAUUCCCUAUCUCACCCUCGUUCCCUCUCUCUUCUACUACUAUCCCUGGACCCUGCUCACGGCCACCUUUGUAGAGCAGAAUAUCUUUACCGUCUCCCUCAACGCGGCUACUAUCUUCUAUGGCGGGAAAUAUCUCGAGCGCGCGUGGGGGUCUCGCGAAUUCAGCAAGUUCAUCAUCGCUGUCGCGCUGAUCCCUAAUGUCGUGAUUGUGCCGUUCUAUCUGAUCUGGGGCGCCCUUGGAGGGUCCUCAAGUCGAGCUCUCACCCAGAUCUGCGGCGGCGUCGCGAUCCAAGCUUCUUUCCUUGUCGCCUUCAAGCAACUAGUCCCCGAACACACGGUCGCCAUUUUCAAGGGCCUGGUCAAGAUGCGCGUCAAGCAUUUCCCCGCCUUAUUCCUGUUCCUUAACACCCUCAGCGGCAUCAUCAUCGGAACCGAUACCGCCGCCGUCCUGGCCUGGCUAGGCCUCCUAUCCAGCUGGACCUACCUUCGCUUCUACAAGCGCCAGCCCGAUCUCACCGGUACCUCCACCAAUGGCCUCGGUAUCAAGGGUGAUGCCAGCGAAACAUUUGCCUUUGCCUGCCUCUUCCCCGACGUGAUGCAGCCCCCUAUCGCGUUUGUCGCCGAUCAAUUCUACGCUUUGCUGGUCGCAGUUAAAAUCCUCACCCCCUUCUCGGAAGAUGAGAUUGCCUCGGGAAACCAGCAGGUGCUGGCUCGUGGUGAGGCUGGACUCCCCACACUCCUCAGCAACCACCGCGGAGGAGCGCGGGGCUCCAGCAAGCGGGAGGAGGCUGAGCGGAGACGCGCGCUGGCAUUGAAGGCUUUGGAUCAGCGAUUACAGUCGGCGGGUGGACGGGCUCAUGCCGGUCCGUCGACGUUAGGAGAGCCCUCUUCUUCGCAGCACCGACCGACUACGCCGACGCCGUCGGCACCAUCCGGGCAGAGCAUGCUGGGAGAGACUAGUUAUAACCCUGAUCAUGCAUGA